ACAAAACAAAAAACAAAGAACCUCUGUGUCUCGUUGCAGCGAAAGCUCUACCAACAAAACAAUGAUUAUCACAGAGACCAAUCGCAGAGAGAUCUGCAAGUACCUUUUCAAAGAAGGAGUAUUGUUUGCGAAGAAGGAUUUCAAUCUCCCAAAGCAUCCGUUGAUUGAGUCAGUACCAAACUUGCAAGUGAUUAAGCUCAUGCAGAGUUUCAAAUCCAAGGAGUAUGUUAGGGAGACGUUUGCUUGGAUGCAUUACUACUGGUUUUUGACCAACGAAGGGAUUGAGUUUUUGAGAACUUAUCUUAACCUUCCUUCUGAUGUUGUUCCUGCGACUUUGAAGAAGUCUGCUAAGCCCAUUGGGCGUCCCUUUGGUGGCCCACCUGGUGAUCGUCCAAGAGGACCACCUAGGUUUGAUGGAGACCGUCCAAGGUAUGGUGACCGUGAAGGGUACCGUAGUGGGCCACGUGGUGGUGAUGUUGGAGGUGAAAAGGGUGGAGCUCCUGCUGAUUACCAGCCCUCUUUCCAAGGAAGUGGUGGUAGGCCUGGAUUUGGCCGUGGUGCAGGUGGUUUCGGCGCAGCAGCACCAUCUGGUUCUGGUUUACCUUGAAAGAAUCGAUCUUAUGGUUUAAGCAAUGGAGAGACAGUUUUUGUUUGGCUUUAGCCGGAUUCUAUAAUCUUUAUCUAUUUUUCUCAGACUCUUUGGUUUAAAGAAACGAAUCCUAUAAUUUCCAGGGUUAGUGUUAAAAUUGCGCGUUUCUUAUUAUUUUCUGUCAUGAUUAAACUGUUGCUUUGUCCAAAACAAUGAAACAUGUUAGGUAGUGUCAACCCUAAUCUUAGUUCUUAAACUUGUUCAGAAAUCUUACAACGAGGAUGAAGUGUUUAUUGGGUUAUGCUCUUGUGUCUGGCGCUAUUCAAUUUCUGUUAAUUGAUUCUAUAUAAAUUUGGAAUUCAUAUUCAAAAACUAGAUUCAACAUUUUAACUACCUAACUGAGAUGUAUAAGUAUUAUUUUAGGUGUUGAGGCAAUUGAUAUCGAAUUUAACUCGGAUUAUUCGUAGAUCAAUUGCUUGUUCU